CCUAAAUUGCCUCAACUCCAACUUAAUUGAUCUAUUUGAGUUUUUUUGUUUUUUCUUCAGUAUCUUUUCAAACAGAUCGUACUUACAAAAUGCGCCCUAAUGACAGUACUGCGACUAUAAUGCAUGGGUGGUAUUAUUUUUGCAUCGGGAUACCGCUGGUUCCAAGAGAAUUACACGGUUUCUCAGUUUGUGACCUGAGCAUUAUAUUUCUGCUUGAUGCCAACGGUUCCGUCGUGGCGCAAUCAAAUCGCAGGUCGAUCUGAGGCCGGCUUAAUAUAUAGUUGCCAUGGUUGGUCACCAGCGUCCGUAUAAGGACUAUAUAUAACCUUGUCUCGGCAUGCGGACUUGGAAUACAUCCGCCUGAUACAAACGAAGUGGCACCUUUUGAAAGCAAUCAUGACUCGUUCCAGUUUCCCGUUGGGUAUUGGACACGAUGCAGUAAUCGCAAUCCGAUUGUUUCUUCUUCUCGUCUUUAUGCAUCUUUGUCACUGCAUUUCCGGAGAAUUGAAAGCGCUUUCUCUCAUUGGCAAGAAUGCACUUCAAAGUAGCACUUACCAGGGCCAUUCAGCCUACAUGGCUAAUAAUGCUAUCGACGGAGAUCUAACCACGUUCCAAAGUACAGACGUCGUUGGUAAUAGCCAUCCAUGGUGGAUAGUGGACCUAGGCUCGGAGUACACUGUGGCUCGCAUCACCGUCACCAACCGCCACACACCGGAAGUAGGUGGAGUAUUCAUCGUUAAUACGUUGGCGAGAGCGGGCCUACACGAUGACUCCGAGUACGAGCUGAACCAACCGUGCGGCGUACCGGUUACCACAGCGGAAUCAACGCCGGCAUCAGUGCACGAAUUCUGGUGCGACCCACCGGUCACGGCGCGAUACGUCUCCCUGGACAAAAUAGUCACUAACACUGAACAUAAACUGCUGAAUGUUGCUGAGGUGGAAGUCGAUACUGUCGAUGUGAUGGAACAAUCGACAAAGGUCAAUGGAGACUUUGCCGAGUGCAAACCUGCUUGGAAGACACCAGCUACCUUCACGUUGCUGUAUGAAGGAGGCUCCAUCGCCAAUGGUGACCCGCUGACAACCAAGGCGGCCCGGUCUCCGAUGCACUGCGCCCUGUACUGCCUCAUCGAGGCCGACUGCGUCUCCUUCGACUACGCAGCAUCGGGAGGACAGUGUCGUCUUUACGGCCUGAAUCCGGCACAGAUCGUCAUCAUCCCGAACGACGAUGUCGCAAUUUUCUUGUGUGGGCUGCAUGGGUGAUUUCUGUGCAGCCAUUCACUGAGAAUCAUUGGCAAUUAUCCUGAAAAGUACAUAUAGGCCUACCUGAUGAUUUAAUGAGAAACAUUUAUCAAAGUGAAGAUUAUAAAAGGACUGGUAUCGAGAAAAUAUUCCGCCUUAAAGGGGAUUAGGCCUACGGUCUGAAACUCCAAACAUUUCACGUAUUGGAUUGUUUACUUAUCCUAUUUCAAAGGUCUGCCUGAAACCUAAUGUCUCAUACCGUUCCUGAGAAAAGACGGAAAAAAAACCCGGUGGGCAUGUUGUGGUAUAGGCAUGCGUAUUUCAAGCCGUGUCUAUUCAAUAUACCGCACACGUUGUGUGCGUCACAUAAUACACACAUCACCAAUACACAAAUGUCGUUUCUCACAAGUCUGCAGACCCCCCCCCCCCCCCCGAACUACUGAUAUAGACGCUUGAAGGUUUUAGAAGUAGGCCUACCCCUACCCACCGAUCCAUAAUAAUUGACCAUUAAACAAGUAGAUGGCCAUUCCAAGUCGAUUUAUAGCAGGGCUGAUUAGGACAAGCUCAUUAAAGGCAGUAAGUGCCCCCCAAAAGUUUUUAAAAUAAAUAAUAAAUAAGUGCCAUAAUGACAACAACCUUUUAAAAGAGCUAGUCUUGUUCAAAGACUGGAUUUGACAAUUUUGACAAGGCGAGUUCACUAGUCUUAGUAGCCGUUGAAUUGGUACUGUUGCAUUCAGUAUCGAUUGUCUCUCUAUACCGACCUCACCAUACUGACACGGUAAUACACUGCAACGUUGCGUUCCAUUACAAAGCUGUACACUCGGUGAGGGAGCGAAAGACUAGACAAACAUUUAAAUAGACCUUUAUCAUGCUGCCACCAUUUUGGUCAUGUUCCCUGUAUCUGAUAACAGUACUGAAUGAUUUUUUUUUGUGCAAAAGGAACCAGACUAUUUUUCCUUCAAGCCUCUCUUUGGUUACGUUGAUUUGAAUGGGAAAAAUUCAAGAUGGCUGCAACACAAUAAUGGUCUAUUCAACUAAUGCUAUACUCUGGGAAAUGCAAUCUUGGAGAAAAUAAGAUAAAACAGACAGCUUCUUUUUCAAAGAAUUAUUGUUCGAUACAAAAUGAAACCCUUUUUAAAAUCCGGAAUUUCUCAUCGAGUAUUUACAAUUAUAUUUUAAUUUUUUCAGUAUUCUGCAGAAAAGUAAAGCAGCUCUUAAAACUUCUUUUAAUUUAUUAAAAUUGAAUGCUCCUAGUGUACUUUUUUUCUCCACAAUUUUUAAAUGAAAUUAUAGAAACACCCUUUCCAAAGUGCGCGAAAAGUAAAUUGACUAAACAAGCAAUUAUAUUUCGCACAUGAGCACAAACUAAAUGGCGCCCAUGAACGGACGUACGUGCGCACGGCAUGCGCAAUCCUGGGCGCGGGAAAAUGAAAAACCAAAAGAUAAUCUGCAGAGGGUUUGAGGGAUGCCGAGGUCCCAGCAAUGUAGGGUCUAUGGUAUAUGUUUAAAUUUGUAUUUGUUCAAAAGUACCCCUUAACAUACCAAUUUCUUUUGUUCUACAUAAAAUAGGUUUAAAAACUCAGGAAUUCCAGAUUUCAAAAGACAUGCAUUCUUUAUAAAAAUCCAGAAAUCAGGAAAAAGUUCUGUCACAAAAAAAUCAGAAAACCGAAAACAAACAUCUGGAAAAAGAAUUUCAUGUAAUCAGGAACAAUCCUGACAACAAAAUUCCUGAAAUCCAGUAAAAAUCAUGACAAAAGUAUCCUGAAAUCUGGGAAAACUCCCGACAAAUCUCACGCCAGUUCCAUGUUGCACAUCAAAUCAGUCAUCAAUGCCUGAGUUUAUGUCCAUUCCAGCAGUAAGCCUAGCUAUUGCUACACUCAAGUCCCAGGUCAGAUUACCCGCCGACUACCCAAUACAGGUUGUAUUUGAUCCAGGGUUAAAAAAAAACAACCUUUUCUGGGUCAACAUGACACUUUCAGGGUCAAAAAAUGACAAUUUUCUUGGUCAAAAUGACACUUGUAAUGGUCAAAAUGACAUUUUCUCAGGGUCGAAAUGACCUUUUUCUGUGUCACACUUUCACUAAAGUUUCCGCGUCAAAAAUGACCAGGACAUGAUUCAGAGAAGGUUAAGUUUGACCGGGAUAUGCCUAAGUGCCAUUUUGACCCUGAAAAGCAUCAGGUCAAAUGACCCAGAUUCCGGGUACAAUCUGAUCCGGGACUUUUUUAGAGUGCUAUGUACAGUAUAGUAUAUACUUGCACAAUACCUCAGUCGAAAGGGCUUUUGGUUGGAAAUAGUGCAACGAACCCGCAACCGCGGUGAAGAUGUUGAAACAUUUUUCAUAUGUAUUUUAAAAUGGUUGAAAUUGUAAUUUUUAAAGUUUGUAAUUUAAAUUUGAAAUUGUAUUUCUGUGUAAAUGUUUUUCUCCAAUCAUUAUCUUUCAUAUUUAACUACAACAUCAAGAAAAAAGAAUAGUCUGGUUCCCAGACCUAAAGAUUCUGACUAUUUCUGGCAGUCAUUACAUUUUGUUAGUAGUCAGAUUUUUUUGGUCUGUUAACCAGAUUACAAAAAGGAUCGCUGAAACAGCAUUCCAAACAGAAUGAUUUGGAAAGUUUGACCACCACACUAACAAACUUUUUAAAAUCGGGAACUUUUAUCUUCUUCAAAAAAUUGUAAAUGUGUUAUCAUUGUUAACAUUUUAAAAAUAGAAGUACAUUUCUGAAAAAGGUUUGACUCAACUGCACUUCAAUGCUGCGAGAAAAAGGUUUGUAGGCUCCGCCCCCUUAAUACAAGUCGAGCUAUCAUUGGUUGAGCAAAACACUAUGGGCGGUACUACACUCCAAUAUGAUCGGCUGAUUGGCUCGUGCAUUUUGUACACAAAACAAAUAUCGUAGCUGUUAGUUGCACGAUUUAAGGUAUUAGGAGUACAUUGAAUAACCACUUCUGCAGCAGUGGAAAUGAUUUUUUUUAUAUUGUAUUUUUAGCUCAAUGUUCUUGAAAUUUAGGCCGUGCGUUCUAUAUAUUUUUAGGAAUAAUCUUUGAAACGGAGUAGUAUCUUUGUAUCAAGUUGUGUUUACUGUGGCAUAUAAGAUAAGCCAGGAAAAAAGAACAUCAUUAUAAAAUGGCUACAUCCCUGUAAACAUGCAUGUAUUAUUUCCCGAUAUUUAUUUAUAAGAAUUUAAAAAGAAAGAAAAAAAAAUGACACAGUGAGCCUGACAUUGCACAAGUAUAACGUCAAACAGCAACAGACAGCAAGUGGUCAGGACUUUUACUGUCGAACCUCAUAAAAAAAAAAUUCAGCAUAUCGUGAUUUCUUUUCUAAAGAGCAAACAAAAUAAAAUCAAUAAAUAAUUAUCUGUGGUAAGUUGCAAACAGGUUUAUCGGCAAAGGACUCCAUGCACGAAUGUAGGUGGCGCUUUUUUUUAUACACUUCUUCGAUCCCAGUGCACGGCCACCGCGUGCUUGAACAGGUUGACGCCCGGAUGACACAAAGAUGCACCACGAACUUAGCCACAGCGUCUUCGCAAUGCGUUCGAAGGUCCCUCCCAUUGGUCUAACCUUAUCUCUUCCUUUGUAAAAUGCGAUGAGGGCGCGUACUUGCGCGCGGAUCGGAUAUCAUAGGCCGAUUGUUUCGGGUGUUCCUUGCACGGUUCUGUACUACUUUCCCAUAAUCUUUCUAGAAUGAAAUCACCAGCGUUGCUUUCAAGAGGGAACUUCAUUAUGGGAACAUUCUUGGGAAGUAGUUCAGAGGACUGCAAGUAGUACUUGAUACAGUGGGUCCAUUGCGUAUAAACCUCCUGCAAUUUACCCCAGAUACUUAGCGAGAUCGGCCUUAACUGGUAAACAUCAUGCGUAGAUACAUGCACCGCUGGGUUUUGGAAUCAGAAAUCUACAAAGUAAAUUGAUUUCAACUGGCCUACACUUUAACAAGGGUUUUGUUUAUCUUCAUUUCAACUGGGGAAAAAUGUAACUUUUAAUAAAAUACAGGGCCAGAGUAAGGCAGGUGCAAUCAAGCAACCUAAGAGGUAAUUUGAAUUAUGUACAGAAAUCUAAGGAUGUGUCCUGUCACCACAAACACGAGAAUUUUCCAUUUUGCAGUAGGGGCAAAACCAAAAUUUAAGGGGUUAUAGAUUUGUUGUUUUUUUUACAGGUGAAUCUCAAUCUGUAAGUCCUGAUCUACCUUAGCCCAAUUGUUUGUUCUAUGAAACAUCUUUAAAACCUACUUUUAUCCCGUUUUAUUCGUUGACUGUUCAUUCACUGUAAAACAACAUCGGGAUUUUUUAAAUGUCAUUUUCUCAAAAUUUACUUUUACAACUUCAAUUUAGCUGGUAGUCUAUACUUCCAGGACUAAACCUAGUAACCACCUCAUGUUCUAUACCGUUAGAAAACUGUUGUUUUGCAGAAACCAGAAAUAAAACCAUCUCAAUUCCUUACAAGGUGACGGGUCAUAUAUGGUUAGCUUCAAUGGUGGUUUUGCAAAGUGCUUGUCAUGGGUUCGAGUCCAACCGGAGUAAGAUCAAGAAUGUUUCUUUUGCAAAUUCUCAGACAGCACAGUGCUUUAAGAGUAAAAUCAUUAAGGCAAACCAAAUAUUGAAAUUUACAUUUCACUGAGAUAAUUACAUCAUAAAGGCUAUGUUACUCCAAUAAUACUGUAUCUUAAAAAGUAAA